UUAUAUAACCUGUUCUCUGCCAGAGCUGAAGAUGCCAAACUGGGGUGGAGGAGCCAAAUGUGCGGCCUGCGAGAAGACGGUUUACCAUGCUGAGGAGAUCCAGUGCAACAGCCGGAGCUUCCACAAAACCUGCUUCAUCUGCAUGGCUUGCCGUAAAGGUUUAGACAGCACAACAGUUGCAGCACACGAGUCUGAGAUUUACUGCAAAUCCUGCUAUGGCAAGAAAUAUGGUCCAAAAGGUUAUGGGUACGGCCAGGGUGCUGGAGCGUUGAGUUCUGACCCCAUCAAUAAUGAAGAACUUCAGCCUCAGGAGCCCAAAGCUCCCCAUCCUGCAUCUGCUAACUCAAACCCAAGCAAGUUUACACAGAAGUUUGGGAGUACGGAUCGCUGUCCUCGCUGCUCCAAAGCCGUUUAUGCAGCAGAGAAAGUCAUGGGUGCUGGAAAGCCCUGGCACAAAACCUGCUUCCGCUGUUUACUGUGUGGGAAGAGCCUGGAAUCCACCACAGUGACGGAUAAAGAUGGAGAGCUCUACUGUAAAGUGAAAAGCCAGCGUUAUACUUCAAGCUGA